GUUCAGGUUACAGUGUGAACUUUCAAGUUUUGUUUAAAAUUUUUCUUACCAAAGAGACGAAAAAAAAGGGAAAAGAUUCUUUAGCUGACAUAGAAAAAAAAGAAAAAGAAAAAUAUUCUGUUUUUAAUUUAUUAAUUUACGGUGUGAGAUUGAAAGGCAGAUCCCACACAACUAAAUUAAUAAAUUCACCACACCUGAUCUUGAUAAAACCUGCAGAAAUCACCAUCUUUUUUAUUUUAUUUUAUUUUUUAUUUUGCAUCUGUAAUUAGCAAGAAGACUGGAACUGGAACUCCUCUUCAUCAUGCUUGGAGAUUCAAGCGGCGGCGCAGCCGCUGUUAAGGGUAAUGACAGUGGUGGUGAAGUUGGGCUUGGCAGCGGUGAUUUUGUGGAGGAAGAUAAGUUGGGAAUUGACGAAGGUGAGAGGAGUUGCGGUGGCGGUGGCGGAAACCGGUGGCCGAGGCAAGAAACACUGGCCCUUUUGAAAAUUCGAUCUGAUAUGGACGUUGCUUUUAGGGACUCAAGUCUCAAGGGUCCAUUAUGGGAAGAAGUUUCGAGGAAAAUGGCGGAGCUUGGCUAUCAAAGAAACCCCAAGAAAUGCAAAGAGAAAUUCGAGAAUGUGUACAAGUACCACAAAAGAACUAAAGAAGGUCGAUCUUCAAAACCAGAUGACAAAACUUAUAGGUUUUUCGAUCAAUUACAAGCUCUUGAACAUAAUCCUCCGCCGCUACUAGCUCCUCCACUUCAGGUGGUGGCGGUGCCACCGCCCCUCGUUACUAUAAAUCCGCCAUUUGCAGCCCAUGUUAGCCCUCUAAGCACUGCCCCACAAGGUACUAAUACUCCAAUGAAUUUGUCAUCCCAAAUUUCACAGCCACCAACAAUGCACACGACAAAUCCUCCUCAAGCUCAUACUUUUCCGCCUUCUUGUUCGAAAAUAUCGACUAGCCAUCUAUCGAUAUCAACCUCUUCCUCAACUUCGUCUGACGAGGAUAUUCAGAGGCGGUACAGGAAGAAGCAGAAAUGGGUGGGCUAUUUCGAGAGACUAAUGAAGGAUGUAACUGAGAAGCAGGAAGAAAUGCAGGAGAAAUUUUUAGAAACGCUCGAAAAACGCGAAAUGGAUCGAAUCGCUAGAGAGGAAGCUUGGAGAGUUCAAGAAAUGACGAAAAUGAACAAGGAGCAUGAACUUUUAGUCCAAGAAAGAUCAAUUGCUGCAGCUAAAGAUUCAGCAGUUAUUGCAUUCUUGCAAAAGAUAACUGGACAACAAAACUUGCAAAUCCCAAUGGUACAAGUGCCCCACAAUCCAUCUCCACCAUUGGCGCCACCACAGCAAUCACCGGCUCCGCCAGCACCUCCACCAGUUCCAUCAACAGCAGAAGCAACACCAGUAAGAAUCGACACUCCUAAAACCGAUAGUGGUGGCGAAAGCUUCAUUCUUGCUAGCUCUUCCCGGUGGCCUAAAGCUGAAGUUGAAGCUCUCAUCAAGUUCCGAACUGAUCUUGAUCUCAAGUACCAAGAAAACGGGCCCAAGGGGACGCUGUGGGAGGAGAUAUCAUCCGUCAUGGCUAAAAUUGGCUACAACCGGAGCGCAAAGAGGUGCAAAGAGAAAUGGGAGAACAUGAACAAGUACUUCAAGAAAGUGAAAGAGAGCAACAAAAAAAGACCUGAAGAUUCAAAGACAUGCCCAUAUUUCGAACAGCUCGAUGCAAUAUACAAAGAGAAAGCCAAGAAUGAAUCUUCAUCGAUCGAUCCUGGGUACAAUAUAUCGAAGCCUGAGAAUCCAGUGGUGCCAUUAAUGGCGGUUCCUGAGCAGCAAUGGUCACUUCCUCUGCAAGCGGAGCCCCAGCAAGAAUCAGCACUAGAUGAAGAUGGCGACGAUGGCGAUGAAGAUGAAGGAGGUGGCUGUGAAAUUGUUACAAACAAGCAGCAAUCUUGAGUUACCACCACCACAUUUCAGUGAGCUCUUCAGAGAGAGAAUGAUAUAGAUAUAGAGAGAGAAUAGGAGAUGAUAAGUUGUUAAAAAUCAGGCAAGUGGACUGAGGUUCAGGGAGUGGGACAGAAUUGCAGAAGGUGUCGAAAGGACGGCGUAGGGUGACGGUGAAUUUUCCAACUGCUAAGAUAAGUUGGGGGGUGACAGAGUUUAUUAGUUUUCUACAAGUUAUAUUUACUUUAAUUUAUUUAUUAUUUUGAAAAUAAAUACAAAUUUACAAAUAAUGUAAUAGCAUUUGUACCUUUUGUUUUGUUUCCUUAGUAAAUAUGUUACCGUCCAAACUUAUGAAUUUAUGUCAUAUUUUUAGUAUA